AUGGCCGAGGUCGAUCCAGUACCUGCGGAGGCGGCCGCCGGGCACACGGAGCGGAGGGCUAGCAGCGGUGUUGACUCUGCAGCAGAUGCAGAGAUGGAUUUGAAGUCGGAGUCCGGUGUCCUGUCCGAGACCGCAGAGCAGUCACCCAAUCCGAUUUCUUCGGCGUAUAUCACAGCCAUCGCCCCGCCUGUGCAGCCCCAGGUUGUGCAAAAUGCACGCAGCAUCAGCAGCAGAUCAUCACCCUUGCUUCCCAUCAUUGUUGCCGCAGCCUCUGCCCUGCUCGGCGGGUGGCUGGUGCGGCACCGCAUGAUGCGCAACCGCCCCACAGCAGCAACGACACCAGCAGCAGCAUCGCAUCGAAGAAAAACGUCAGGACGCUCUUCUUCUGCCAAGGCGGCGGUCAACGCAGCUGCGGCCGAAGAUGCCGCAGCAGCCAACGCAGUUAACGCAAAGCCGGAGCCCGCCGCGCCUCCUCCAGAACCCAUUGACCCCGACACUCUCGACAUCCUCGUCUGCGGGCCUCCUCCCCCCUCCUCCUCCUCCCCUUCCUCCCCUUCCAUCCACACCGCUCGACCAGUCGGAAGCGGCUCGUCUCCACCCCUUCGCGCUGCUGCAGCACCUCUCGCCGGCGUGACUUUUGUGGUUUCGGAGGACGUUGACCUGGCCGGUACCCCCACAACUCUCGGCCUGCGCCGCGACCCACAUCCGGAGUCCACCGACACAACCACCACGACCACCGCUACCCCCUCCUCCAGCGCCUCCCCCGACCGGUUCGUCGCUGCCUCUACCUCCGCCCCCGCUUCCAACGGCAGCAGUAGCGCUUCCAGCGGACAGCCGCAGCAUGAGGAGGAGAUGGUUUCGAAGCACGCUUCUGCCGCUGCCUCUCCCGCACCCGCUUCAGCCGCUGGGGCGGUGUGCGUGGGCAAGGCGGCCAUGCAGCCACUGGGUUUGGACACAUUGGGAGCAAACUUCGGCAAUCCGUACAAUAAGGCGCAGGUGUCAGGAGGCGGCCAGACGG